UUUCCUCUGAAUCUCUUUGAUCCAUCCAUGGCUUCUUGCAAAGCAGUUCUUGGCCUUCCCAUAACUGAAAAGUCUUCUUUCAUUCCAAGCUCAAGUUCACUUUUCCUAAGAGGAACAAAACAGAGCAUGCUCUGUUUCAAUAACUCUCCUCUUGUUUUCCCAUUAGAUCAGAGAAGAACAUGCAGAUCAAUCAAAGUUAAAGCUCCAGUGGCAUCAGUUAGUGAGGAGGUGAGAAAGAAGGUUGUCGAGAACCCGAGAAAGCUUAAGGUGCGUGCCGCGGUGACGGUGAGACGAAAAAACAAGGAGGAUUUCAAGGAAGCUCUUGUCAAACAACUUGAUGCUCUAACUGAUAAGAUUGGAAGGAAUGUAGUUUUGGAGCUCAUCAGCACUGAAGUCAAUCCAAAGACUAGAAUUCAGAAGAAGAGUGGAGAGGCAGUGAUCAAGGAUUGGUAUGAGAAGAAGAAUGUAAAGGGAGAGAGGGUUGUUUACACGGCAGACUUCACCGUCGACACAGCUUUCGGGCUUCCCGGAGCGGUGACGGUAUUGAAUCGGCACCAAAGGGAGUUCUUCUUGGAGAGUAUAACAAUUGAGGGGUUCGAGUUUGGUCCUGUUCACUUCCCUUGUAAUUCAUGGGUUCAAUCUACAAAAGACCACUCGACUAAAAGAAUCUUCUUCAGUAAUCAGCCUUAUUUGCCGUCAGAGACACCGGAAGGAUUGAAAGAGCUAAGAGAAAAGGAACUGAAAGAGAUAAGGGGCAACGGAAAGGGAAUCAGAAAGCUUUCCGAUCGAGUUUAUGAUUAUGCUACAUAUAACGAUUUGGGUAAUCCUGAUAAAGGGCCGGAGCUUGUUAGACCGAUCUUAGGUGGUAAAAAGAUCCCUUAUCCUCGGCGUUGUCGAACCGGCCGUCCUCCAACUGACACCGAUUUGCUGGCUGAAAGUAGAGUAGAGAAGCCACAUCCAGUGUAUGUUCCAAGAGAUGAAGCAUUUGAGGAGUUGAAACAAGGGGCAUUCUCAGCAGGGAGAUUGAAAGCAGUGUUACAUAGUUUAAUACCAUCCUUGAUUGCAACUAUAUCCAGUGAUAAGCAUAAUUUUCAAGGAUUCCAUGAUAUUGAUCUUCUUUAUAAGGAAGGCGUUUUACUUAAGAUGCAAAUUCAAGACCAUCUUCUUCGCAAGCUUCCCAUUGUUAGGAAGAUACAAGAGUCUAGUGAGGGCCUUCUUCGCUAUGAUACUCCAUCUAUUUUAUCCAAGGACAAGUUUGCGUGGUUGCGAGACGAUGAGUUUGGCCGGCAAGCUCUUGCCGGAAUUAACCCGGUGAAUAUCGAAAAACUUCAGGUAUUUCCACCUAUUAGUAAACUCGAUCCUGCCAUCUACGGCCCACCAGAAUCUGCUAUCACCAAGCAACACAUUGCCGGAAAUCUCAACGGAAUGACAAUCGAACAGGCAUUGCAAGAAGAGAAGCUGUUUAUGCUCGACUACCAUGACAUCUACUUACCAUUCAUCGACCGCAUCAACGCAAUGGAAGACCGGAAAGCAUAUGCAACUCGGACAAUAUACUUCUUGACUCCUCUUGGCACAAUGAAACCGGUUGCCAUUGAGCUCACAUUGCCACCACCUUCUCCAGGCCUACCUCGGCCCAGCCAGGUCCUCACACCGCCUUGCGACGCCACCACCAACUGGCUCUGGCAACUUGCUAAAGCUCAUGUUGGUUCCAACGAUGCCGGAGUUCACCAACUCGUUAAUCAUUGGUUACGGACACAUGCUACCAUGGAGCCAUUCAUAUUAGCAGCUCAUCGUCAGCUAAGCGCAAUGCACCCGGUGUUCAAACUACUAGACCCGCACAUGCGGUACACUCUAGAGAUCAAUGCAUUGGCCAGACAGAACUUGAUCAAUGCUGAUGGUGUCAUUGAGUCUUGCUUUACUCCCGGCCCUUAUUGCAUGGAGAUUAGUGCUGAUUAUUAUGAUAAGCAUUGGCGUUUCGAUCUUGAAGGCCUUCCUGCUGAUCUGAUUCGAAGAGGGAUGGCAGUGGAGGAUGCAACACAACCUCAUGGUCUGAGAUUGGUCAUUGAUGACUACCCGUACGCGAACGAUGGCUUGCUAAUCUGGUUCGAAAUCGAGAAAUGGGUUCGAACCUACAUUAAACCGUACUACCCGAACCCGGGUUCAGUCCGGUCCGACCCAGAGUUACAGAGUUGGUACAACGAGUCAAUCCACGUGGGACACGGUGACAAGCGCCACGCGUCGUGGUGGCCCCAACUGUCCACCCCGGACGAUUUAAUCGCGAUUUUAACGACCUUGAUCUGGCUCGCAUCGGCGCAGCACGCGGCUCUAAACUUCGGCCAAUACCCGCUCGGCGGCUACGUCCCAAGCCGACCACCACUUAUGCGCCGAUUGGUUCCUGAGUCGGCGCGGGACCCCAAAGACUACGCCGAGUUCCUCGGCGAUCCACACAAGUACUUCCUCGCUGCGAUGCCUGGAGUGUUGACGGCGACGAAGUUCAUGGCGGUGGUGGACACGUUGUCGACGCACUCGCCGGACGAGGAGUACCUCGGGGAGAGACAACAGCCGCACACGUGGACGGCGGAUAAGGAGGCAGUGGAAGCGUUCCAGGAGUUCGCGGUGGCGAUGAAGGAAAUCGAGGAGGAGAUCGGGAACCGGAAUCGGGACACGAGUCGGCGGAAUCGGUGCGGAGCUGGAGUCUUGCCGUACGAGUUAUUGGUACCGAGUUCGCAACCCGGUGUCACGUGCCGGGGCGUGCCUAAUAGUGUUUCUAUUUGAGAUCAAAGUCCUUACGUAUAUAUAUAUAAAUUGGAUGUUAGGUGAGUGUUAUUAAUUAUUAGAUAUAUUUAAUUGUAAUGUUUAGUAAUAUUGGGUAUGUAUAGGAGAGAGGCUUGUGUUUGAUUAUAAUGGAGAGUUUCUUUUGUGUGUGAUGAUAAAGAGUACCAUUGAAAAAUUUUAUAGUGGAGCACAGAAGGGAACAUAUUCUUCCUUUUUGAUAGCCAAUCAAUAUAUGACAUUUCACAUCA